GAUGUGGAGGAGCAGGCAGGCGCGUCAGGCUGUCAUCUGCUGUCGGCAACUUGUGUGUCUAGCAGGUGGUGUUUUCGGGCUAAAAUGGAUACCUGGAACAAACUGAAACAAUUCGACGCCUACCCCAAAACCCUGGAGGAUUUCCGAGUGAAGACAUGGGGCGGAGUGACCGUGACUCUGAUCAGUGGAGUGAUCAUGCUGAUCCUGUUCAUCUCUGAGCUGCAGUAUUAUCUCACUAAAGAGGUUCACCCUGAGCUGUACGUGGACACUUCUCGAGGAGACAAACUCAAGAUUAACAUAGAUGUGGUGUUUCCUCAUAUGCCCUGUGCCUAUCUCAGUAUUGAUGCGAUGGACGUGGCUGGAGAACAACAGUUGGACGUUGAACACAAUCUUUUUAAACAAAGACUUGACAAAGACCUCAAACCAGUGACGGACGAAGCUGAAAAACAUGAGCUGGGAAAAGCAGAUAACGGUGAAGUAUUUGACCCGAGUUCGUUGGACCCAAAUCGAUGUGAGAGCUGCUAUGGAGCCGAGACAGAAGACCUAAAAUGCUGUAACACGUGCGAUGAUGUGCGUGAGGCCUACAGGAGACGGGGAUGGGCCUUCAAAAACGCAGACACCAUCGAGCAGUGUAAACGAGAAGGGUUCAGCCAGAAGAUGCAGGAGCAGAAGAACGAGGGCUGUCAGGUUUACGGCUUCUUAGAGGUCAACAAGGUGGCAGGAAAUUUCCACUUUGCUCCAGGGAAGAGUUUCCAGCAGUCGCAUGUUCAUGUUCACGAUCUACAGAGUUUUGGCUUGGAUAAUAUAAACAUGACCCACAUGAUCAGACAUCUGUCAUUUGGUAAAGAUUAUCCAGGAAUCGUUAACCCUCUGGACGGGACCAACGUCACUGCUCCACAAGCCUCAAUGAUGUACCAGUAUUUUGUCAAAAUCGUUCCCACAGUUUACGUCAAAACGGACGGUGAGAUGGUCAAAACAAACCAGUUCUCCGUCACUCGUCAUGAAAAAGUGGCCAAUGGUCUGAUUGGGGACCAGGGUCUGCCAGGGGUCUUUGUUUUAUAUGAGCUGUCUCCAAUGAUGGUCAAAUUCACAGAGAAACACAGAUCGUUGACACAUUUCCUAACAGGAGUCUGUGCCAUCAUCGGAGGAGUUUUCACAGUUGCGGGUCUGAUCGACUCCCUGAUUUACCACUCGGCUCGUGCCAUUCAGACGAAGAUAGAGCUGGGCAAAGCGUCGUAACACACGGCCACCACGGUGCAACGCCACCAGACCACAGGACAGGCUCAUGUGGACUGUGGACACUGCAGAGGAUAGGCGGGGACAGGAGGGAGUCUGAUAUCCCACACACUGGACACUGCCUCCGCGUGAGCACCACACCCGUCCCUCACACACAACGCAUACCGUAAAGCUGGGAUUAAAGGAGCACUCCACGCGCAAGCUUAUCCAUGGGUUUCACAAUUAAGUUUGAAGAGGGGGUAUUGUGCAAAAUCAACCUUUUUUGGAGCUUUCUGUUAUUACGUUGUCCCUUAUCAAAAACAUGCCUGAAGAGGUUUUAGAUGUCAUCCAUCCAUGUUUGAGUAAUCUAGCGAUCUCUCCGGGGCCCUUUUCAAACCCUUUUCACAGUUAGCAGUACGAUUCUGUCCAAUGCUGAGCCCACAAGCCUACAUUACCCAUACGCCCACUUAUAAAAUAUGUUAAUAUGCUGUUUUAGGCGAUUACAGCAUUUUCAAAACAAUAAAUGCUAAUAUGAUGAUCUAAAUAUGUUAUGUGUUAGCAUAUACUCCAUAGAAGUAUAAUUACCCCUCUUUAAAAAUAUUUUCCAAGUUGGAUAAUAACCCUAAGCUACAUUACACUAAUUUUAUGAAAUCUUGUGGUUGGAGUGUUCCCUUUAAACUACUUGAACUGUCUGCCAUUUUCUACUCCCAUCUCAAACUCAAUGUGAACGAAUGAAUGAAGCCGUGCUGUUUGGGAGCACGUUUUAACCCUGUGAGAGAUUUUUUUGUAUGAAACAUGAAAAACGUGUGUAAAUAUUGUACAGACACAUCGCGCAUUAUGGUAAGUGCUUUGGUACGUUUUGGUGUGGGGAGGGUUCACAGAGGAGGUGAAUGGAUUUCGGACUUGUGUUUGUUGUGCACGGUCUUAAAGCGGCUUCAGUAUCAUGAACUGUCAGUGUUUACACAUGAAUAAUUAUGAUGAAUGCCCCCUAAUGGUUUGAACAAGGAUUGAAAUCCAGAGAUGUGUUUCGCGAACAGAAGAGUUUAUACAGUCUAUUAGGCUUGUCACAAUAACUACUAUACAUGAUAGAUAGAACAACUGUUUUUUCUUUAGUAGCAGUGAGGGACUUUUUGUUAUUUUUCUGUAAUACUAUAAGAUUUGAGCUGUAAAGGGUUGAGUAAAGGUAAAGGUCACAUUUUUAUAUAGCACUUUUCCACCUUCAAGGCCCUCAAAGUACUUUACAGUAAUAAAUAACUUCUACAGCUUAUUAUAGAUACAAACUACUACUAAAAUGUUUCCUUUUGCUAUUUUUAAACAAUUUUGAACAGUUUUUGGGAUAAUUCUGCUUUUGGGUUAUUGUGUAAGUGGUAUAGUUUUGUUUCAAUAUUAUAAUUUAUUGUUUAUAUUUUCUAUAAUAAUAAAUAUAUUAUAAUUUAAUAACUAUACAGGUCCGAACAGUAACGGCAAAAUACAAGAAGUGCAAUGUGGAAGAAUUGGCCGUUUUUAAUAUAUAAAUAGUAGUAUUACAUUCGAGAGAGUUGUUCCAGGCAUGUCCCACCAGCAAGAGGCCCCGGGGAAGACCCAGGACUGAGGCCUUGGGGUCCGACCGGAGGAGCUGGAGGAAGCGGGAGUCCCUGCUUAGACUGCUGCCCCUGCGACCCAGCUCUGGCUAAGCAAAAGAAAAUGGAUAGUAUUACAUUAAAAUAAUAGGGAUGGUCUGAUAUGAGGUUUUUAGGCCGAUACUGAUAUCUGAUAUUUGUGUUGCCCUUGUGCCUGAUAAAUGAGAAAUGACCCCACAGCAGAAAUAAUAUCGGUGCCAAAUAUCAACACUUUUUUUUUUUUUCAUAUCAGACAGUCACUGAUAUCUGUGAAACUCGAUAUGGCCAAUGAAAGCCUAUAACCAAUAAACCAUCUCUAUUCUUCAAUAAGGUAAUACAGUGGUUCAGUCCUCCAUAUAAAAAUGCUAAAGUAAUUUCUGACCAAUGUUUUAUCCUCUAAUACAAACAUUUAUUUAAAGCAGAUUUUGUAUAAACACUGCCAUUUUUUUAAACUUGGUCCAAGAAGUAUUUACACCUCAUAAAAAAAUAAACAACUUUUACGGCGUUACUGAAUGGUCAAAUCCACUAGGGGGCAUUUAUAUCCAAUCUUACCAAUAUAAACAAAAUGGUUCUAAGCCAUACUUUUCCAUUUCUCUUCCCAUAUCUUCUGGUAAAUAACACAAUUCCCUGUAACGAUAUAAUCCAAAGCCAUUUCCGAACUUGCCAUAGUAUUCUGAUAAUGGGGUUCAGAGGAGGAGGUUUAUGGUGGUUGGUGGUUGCACCGUUGUGAGUUUUGAAUCAGGGCUGUGUGUGUCUGUGUGAGUGAGAGCAAAAGAUGUAUUUAUAUUUUGAAGAUUGUCAUGUUUUUAAAUGAAUAAAUGUGGAAUAC